GCCCUGCCCUCCCAAACGAUGGUGACUGCAAAGAGCUUCAUGAAAUAUUCACUGCACUGCCUGAAUCCCCUGGCUCAGGGCUUAAUGGAGCUGCUGGCACCACCAUGCAGCCUCCAGCAGAGAGGGCACUGGGGGCCUUCAGCAUGCCCCUAAGCCUGUGGGGUGAGGAGAUGACAUUUCAUAGCUGCUUCCUGCUUGGGAGCACCCACAUCUGUGUUUCCGAUGCGGUGGUGACGACUUGUUUGUGCUUCUCUUCAAGAAGAGCUGAUGGUUCAGUUGUGUUUUGGAAGGGCAGGCUUGCAGCACGACCUGCUGUGGCGACCCAGGAUCAUCCAACCAGUCCCCACCAUCUCCUGCUUCUGCCCCUUGCCUGGACACCCGGAUCAGCAGCUUUACUGUCAGGAGUGUGUCCUGUGGCUCGUAUUUGAGUGCAGUUGGUUGGACACCACGGCAAGCAGGCCCUGAAAGUGUCACAGGCAAAGAGGAGCUCCUUGUACAGCACGUGCUGCCAGCCAGCCCUACCUUCACUAAGUAACUGUGGCAGUGCCAGAAGCAGAGCACAGCAAUAAAGCUGUUUGAAAAGGAAAUGAGAACCAUGCUAUUUCAGGUCCCCUGCAGUACUGGUGAGCAGCCAAGGGAUGUCCCGGGAGGCUGGGCAGGGAGGAUGGGUGGGAAGAGUUCCAGUGGUGUUGCUGCCUCUGGUCCCUGUGACAUCUCGCUGCAGAUGGUGUGAGGAUGCUGUGCCAGAGGCGCAUGCAGGUGGUGCUGGCCCUGUGCCUGCUGCUGGUCCUGUGGCAAUGCUUCCAAGCCCCCAGGGAUGGCAUCAGCCCCUUCCCUCAGGCUCCCUCCCUCCUUGACGCCCCUGCUGCCUGCCUCACCGCCAGCACCAACGGCUCCACGUGGUUCAAUGCCCGCUACAACACGACCGUGGGGCCUCUGCUGACAGGCACAGCCUAUGAGCUCUCCUCCGAUGUCGUUCAAUGGUGGCUGACACUGCAGGGUCCCUCAAGGGUUGUCCAGCUCCAGGCCAUACUUCGGCAGCUCUUCACUGUGCUCCAGGCUCCAAGUGGCAACAUGCGGAACCCAAACCACUGCAGGACUUGUGCGGUGGUGGGGAACUCCGGGCGGCUCAAGGGCUCUGGCCAUGGGCUGCGGAUUGAUGAGCACGACUGGGUGCUGAGGAUGAACAGGGCAAAGAUUGCUGGCUUUGAGAUGGAUGUUGGCAUGAGAACAACCCAUCACUUCAUGUACCCAGAGAGCGCAGUGAACCUUGAGCCUGGCGUCCACCUCGUCCUCGUCCCCUUCAAGCCACUGGACCUGCAGUGGGUGGCCAGUGCCUUCUCCACUGGAGAGCUCACACACACAUACAUGAGAGUGAAACAGUUCAUCAAAGCUGACAGAAACAAGGUGCUGAUCCUGAGCCCAGCUUUCCUCAAGUACAUCCACGACAACUGGACACAGCACCACGGGCGAUACCCCUCCACCGGCUUCACGGCCCUGCUCUUUGCCCUGCAUGUCUGCCAGCAGGUCUCCGUGUUUGGCUUCGGAGCAGACACCGAAGGGAACUGGCACCACUACUGGGAGGAAAACCGCUGGUCCGGAGCCUUCCGCAGGACGAGGGUCCACGAUGCUGACGUUGAAUUCAGCCUCAUUGAGAGACUGGCAGCUGAAGGCAGGAUUUUAUUUUAUAGAUGAUGCAUUUCCAAGAGACUGAAGCCAGGCUGUUAGUGCAGGAACUGGCCCCUCUCUCUGCUCUUCAGCUUGCUUGCGCUGCUCCCAUCAGCUGGGCACUGCGGGUGCCACGCUCCCAUGGCACAAGGGAUGUUGCAUUUGGCUGGACACAUGGUGGACAUGGCUCUGCCCGUUCUGGUUGGGAGAGAAGGAGAGACAUGGAGCUGGAAGCGCAUGUGGAGCCUGUGAGCUGCUAUGUGUCCCCCUGCAGUGGCUACAAAGCCAGUGGGUGACAGCAAUGGUGGUGGCAGCAGCCACUGAAACGUGGCUGUCCACACGAUGGAGCUUUUGGGGGACGUUCAUAGUUGUUCUUUAGGUAGUCUUUUUAUAACUAAGGAAAAAACUUUGAAACUCUAUCAAAGGAGAAUAAGAAAGGAAAAAAGUCGAGCAAGCUGUCUGAAGACAAGAGAAUCAAGUACAGUUUAACUGAUCUUCCAUUGAAUAAACUUUGAAAACACAGGUGAAUCUAUUA